GUCGCAAUCUUAGGAAGCUAUUGCGAAUCGAACACCUCAAUAUCGACAUCUGGCCUGGCGUGCGUUCCGGACGCCAUGAAUACAGUUUAUCCAGCAGUAAACGCUCCUUCUCGUUAUGUAUCCUUCUCUGGGCGAGUCUGCAGACGCAGAGUUCGCAGCUUUUGGUUCGGGCGCCCAACAAGAAUCAAACUUCUGGGAUCGUUUUUUUCUGCACCACGAAAUGCGUGAAGGCUCACAUUCUCAGUCUAACCAAGGAGACCGCGGUGUUAACAGAAGGUCACGCUCAGUAAGUGCUGCACCUGGAUCUGGUUCAAAUACCGGUCAUGAAAACCAGCGUGGCUCGGUACCAAACCCUCAAUUCAAUCCUGCGACCUUUCCUAUGCCUGUGAAUAUCCCCCAGGGCGUGCCGUCGCAGGCUUACGAUUACCUGAUCCAUGCGUUGAUAUCCAUGCAAGGGUCGUUGCCGCAGCAUCCAUCACAUUUGCCGCUUCCUACAAAUUAUCCACAAGGAGGACAAUCCAGCCAACUGAAUACAACAUUGCCACCAAAUACCUAUCCUAAUUGGCAGCAGCCUUCGAUCCCCAUUCCUUACAACCUGCAACAAUCGGUCCCGCCCUUUCCCGGAAUUCCAUCACAGUAUCCUUAUCCAAAUCAAUUAUCCCAGUCGCUGCCUUCCGGUACUUCUCGUACCAUGCCAGAGUUGUCGGGAGCAUCUUCAGCUGCAGCACCAACGCCGUCUACAUCCCCACAACAAGAAUCAGCAGAUCAGGAGGAUAAUGAUACAGCGUUCAUCUCGGACGAUAAACGGAGGCGCAAUACCGCUGCAUCAGCCCGAUUUCGGAUUAAGAAAAAACAGAGAACCCUUAAUCUAGAACGGACGGUCUCUGAUUUGACUGGCCGAGCAGAAGAGCUUGAGCGAGAGGCCAGCGAGCUGAGGCGAGAGAAUGGUUGGCUGAAGGAAAUCGUGUUGUUGAAAGGACGAAGUGUGAGAGGUCUUGACCCAGGUGGGUCACAUAACGACACUGUGGGGAGUGCGCAGGGACAACAACGGACAUUCUCACGGGAAUCGGAUGGUGAGUCGGAUGGUGACGACGAAGAAGAGGCGCCUAGUAAUAGGGGUAAGGGCAAGAAAGGCAAGAAGAAAAGUGAACGCAACUGAAGAACUUCCCAAAAUUUCUUUCAAGCUGGUCAUGUGGUCAUUAAAGCUGUUUUCUGUCCCGGUUUAUACCACAGUAUCGUGUAUUGUAGAAAGCCUUGCAUUUUUUUGUUCUGUAGGCUGGAUUCGGAUUUUGUGUACAAUACG